AUGUCGUCCACACUCAACAUCGACUCGACGCUCAAGCUCCCGACAGGUCACAAGCUUCCCAUUCUAGGCUUCGGUGUUUGGGACAGCCCUACAGACCUCACAGUCAAGUCGUGUCUGGAAGCACUGAAGGUCGGCUACAGACACAUCGACACUGCGCAAGGAUAUAGCAACGAGGCAGAGGUUGGCGAGGCGGUCAAGAAGUCAGACCUCCCUCGGGAGAAGAUCUUCAUCACCAGCAAGAUAUGGGAAGCUGCAGCAGACGUCCCAUCAACGUACGACAAGUGUUUGGGAAGUGUCACGAAAAUUGCUGGCGACGAUGGCUAUCUAGACCUUAUGCUCAUACACAACGCUGCCGUAGGAGCAGAGCCAAGGAAGAAGAUGUGGCUCGCGAUGGAGAAGCUGCACGAAGAGGGCAAGUUCAAGAGCAUUGGCGUGUCCAACUACGGCAUUGGGCAUCUUGAGGACUUGAAGAGCUAUGCCAAAGUCUGGCCACCUGCUGUCAACCAGCUUGAGCUCCACCCAUGGCUACAGCAGCGGGAAGUGGUGGAGUACUGCAAGAAGAAUGGGAUCGUUGUUGAAGCGUACUGCCCUAUUGUGCGGAACCAGAAGGCCAAUGACCCGACAUUGAAUGAGAUCGCAAAAUCGCAUGGCAAGACGCCUACCCAGGUACUCAUACGGUACUGCAUAGACAAGGGUUGGUCGCCGUUACCGAAAAGUGACAAUCCUGGACGUAUAGCACAGAAUGCCGACGUUUUCGACUUUGCUUUGUCGAAAGAAGAUAUUGAGAAACUGGAUGCGCAACCGCAGGAGAAGCCUUUGGUGCUUGCGGUAGACAACGAGUCAAGAUCAUGA